AUACAAGUGGGAAGUGCUGUCACAGAGAUAUCGGCAUUCCUGAGAAGCUUUAAACAAGCUCAUUGCGCUGCCUGCACAGAAGACCUGCACAUCUGUCCAACAAUCUCAAAGGACUUUCAUUUGUCUUCUCAAAGAAACUUGAGGAUACUUCUUAUUGCAUGUGGAAGUAGCAGUUAAAGAAAGGAGCAAUUUUAUGUUUCAAGAGGAAUUGAUUGGCUCCGGGUGGUGAAUACCAGAAUGGAUGGUUAGAAGGAAGGGGUUUAAAUGAAUCCAGACGUUACCAUGCACUGCUGAUGUGAGCUCAUCUUUGUUCAGUUUCUGUGAUGGAGCUGAAAGUGUGGGUGGACGGGGUGGUACGAGUGGUUUGUGGCUUAUCAGAGGAGACAUCAUGCCAGGACGUGGUCAUUGCACUCGCCCAAGCCAUUGGUCAGACGGGUCGUUAUGUUCUCAUUCAGAGGCUGAGGGACACGGAGCGGCAACUUCUGGCCAAUGAGUGUCCACUGGAGUCCCUGGCCAAACUUGGACAGCACAGCAAUGAAGUGCAGUUCUUCCUGCGGCGGACCGGCCCGAGCAGCAGUGAAGAAAAUAAUCUUCACAACCAAACCCUCCCGCUUAAGCCCUCUCCAUCAGAACCCAAAGGAGGAUUGCCAAAAAAGUCCUUCACCUUCAACCUAGGCCCUUCCAGUUCUCUUUGUACGAAAUCUAAAUACUCUCGUAAAAUGCCAUCUCCUGAGCAAAGGGCAUCCCCACUUCUUCAAGCCGCAUACUUGCCCGGACCAUCCAAAGAGGAGGUGUUCCGUCAUGUUCUCCAGCAGCAGGAGCAGCUACGUGCCUUGGAGUCCCAGGUGGUGACCUUAGAAAGGGAAUGCGAGGCUUGGGAACAGUCGUCUUCUGACGAGUCAUCCCUCCAGGCAGAAAUGGAUGUUCUGGAGAAAACACUUUGGAAGAAUCAGCAAGAGCUGGUGGAAGAGGUGUUCUGGGAGGAGGAGCUAAGGAUAGAGACUGAGCAGGAGCGGGGGAUGAAGCGGCGGUUAGGAGAACUGCACGCUAAACUGGAUGAUUGCGGACAAAAGUUGCACGAAUUCAACACUCGUGCCAUGCAACUUGAGAAGGACCUUCAGAAAGAAAGGCUGGAGGUGGCGGUAUCGCCCAGGCAAGCUGAUUCAAAAGACUCUUUGGGGUUAGUCAAGGUAGAGCUUCAGAGUCGGCAAAAACAUGGGGAGGAGUUGGAGAUGGAACUUCUACAUUUCGAGAAGGCCCUGGGGAGGGCAGAGACUCUGCUGAAGGCUAAGCAGGAGGAGGUGGAAGAGUUGAAUAAGGAGCUGAGACAGUGUAAUUUACAGCAGUUUAUCCAGCAGGCUGGAGCCCUGCCUACCCACACUCAAUCUCGUACAGACCUCAGUGAUCAUCCAGAACUGGAUCUGAUUCAACUACUACAGGACAAACACAGAGACAAUGACUUGCCCCCACGUUCCACCGCCAAGCAGUUCCUGGGUCACCCACGCAACCUGCAGCACCCCCUGGUGUCCAGCCUGAACCCUGAGGUCCUGACAUCCAGGGAAUCUUCUUGGCGGUAAAAACUGCAGCACAGGGCUGAGGAUUUGUAAUGACUUCAUUCUAUAUUAUUCAACCCCUCUGUCUUAAUUAACUGGCAUCAGUAUAACCAUGUAUGUUAUACAGCGAUCGACCACAACAUUAAAACCACCUGCCUGAUAUUGUGUAGGUCCACCUCGUGCCACCAAAAAGUGGCUACUCGCAUCUCAGUAUAGUAUUCUGAGAUCAUAUUCUUCUCGUCACAAUUGUACAGAGCGGUUAUCAAAAAAACAAAAAACAUCCAGUGAGUGGCAGUUCUGUGGAUGGAAAUGUCUUGUUGAUGAUAGAGGUCAACAGAGAAUGACCAGACUGGGUUGAGCUGACAAAGUCUACGAUAACUCAGAUAACCACUCUGUACAAUUGUGAUGAGAAGAAUAUCAUCUCAGAAUACUACUCUGAGAUGCGGGUUGGCGCUGUUUUGGCGGAACGAGGGGGACCUACUCAAUAUUAUUCAGGUGGUUUUAAUGUUGUGGCUGAACGGUGUGUAUUUACUGUAUAUAUGAAUUAUAGCCUACUACUUUUUGGUACAUUUCAAAACAUGUAUUUACUGUAAAAUAUUACCAAAAGAUUUUAUCUCAAGAAUUUUUAACCAUUGUCUAUGUAUUUAAGUAUAAUAAAGACUGUGCAUUGUGUCUUAGAUAACAUUGACUUGAUGGU